AUGAGUGAUGGUGGGAAUUUAAGAUGUGUUCAUAACAACCCGCAGAGUGGGCAUCUGCUUGAUUAUGCUCCACAUCCUGCUGUCGUACUGAAGAUGGAAGAUGGGACGGGUCUUCUCCUCCCUAUAAUCUUUUUGGAGAUACCAAGUGUGCUGUUUAUGGCUGCCAUACGCAAUGUCCAAAUUACUAGGCCUACCAUGUAUCAAAUUGUGAAGGUGAUGAUUGACACAAUGGGCUAUGAUGUGAAGUUUGUUCGAGUCACCAAGAGAGUACAUGAGGCGUAUUUUGCUCAACUGUAUCUCACAAAGUUGGGUAAUGAAAUGGAGAGUGUUAGCUUUGAUUUUCGAUCUACUGAUGCCAUUAACAUUGUAGUUUUAGACCAUAGUUAUUAA